AUGGAGGAUGACGGAAAUCAUUAUCCAUUGGCAGUGCCCGUCUUACAAAAUCAAAUUUAUGUCGAUGACUGUGUCUUUGGUGCUGACGAUGUCGACCUCGCUCGACAAACUCGAAAACAGUUGAUUUCGCUCCUGAAUCGUGCAGUAUUCACCCUUCGCAAAUGGGCAAGUAACACUCCUGCACUAUUAUCCAACAUUAAUCCAAAUGACCACAGCGUCACCAGCACUAAAACAUUGCAACCAAACAAACCUCUGCAACCUGAAUUAAAGGUAUUAGGAGUGUCCUGGAACCCUAACGUCGACUCUUUCCAGUUCAAUAUCAUUAUUGGGGAAAACGUGCCUCAAACGAAGCGCACCAUUUUAUCCACUAUCGCUAAAUUUUUUGAUCCAUUGGGUUGGGUCACUCCUGUGGUUAUUAAAGGGAAGAUUCUCAUGCAACAUUUGUGGCACUUUAAGUGUGACUGGGACGUAAACAUUCCAAAUGCGAUCCUUGAUGAAUGGAUUUCGUAUUAUAAACAACUCCCCUGUUUACGCCAACUUUCACUACCACGAUGGGUAAAUUACGGGUCGUACGUGAAGUCAUACGAAUUACACGGUUUCGCAGAUGCCUCAUCUUCUGCUUAUGCUGCCGUUGUUUAUUUAAAAACUAUAACAUUAUCAGGAGACGUCACAAUAUCGCUUUUAACAGCAAAAUCUAAAGUUGCAUUGCUUAAAUCUAUAAGUAUCCCUCGACUUGAGUUAUGCGCCGCUGUAUUGUUAUCGCGUCUUCUUGUGUUUGUCAAAUCGACGCUCGCACUUCAAUCAGUAACUAGUUAUUGUUGGACAGACUCUACAAUAGUUUUAGCUUGG